CCGAACCGGACCUGAACUACGGGCAAGAUUUUGUCAAAAUCGGCCAUAGCUACUUCCCAAAUAAUCUACAGUGUCGCAUUACAUAGCACCUACCAGAAUAAAAUCCGGAGGCAUCCGAAACGGCUAAAUACCUAGGUAGCCUUGGGUACCUAAUACGGGUACGUUCAUGUGUUAACCGCUUUGAAUGUGGCUACUGCCGAUAUAUUACGCCCCUCGCUGCCGGGCUACACAGUGUUGCUCUUUGUAAAGCCGGCACAAUUCCCCAAUUACAGGAAUCGUUAUCCCAGCUGCAGUUAAUAUGAAUCUCAACUUCUCCGGAACUGUCAACGUCUUUAAGCUACUAACCAAACCCUCAUUAUGUCUUCCUCACGCAACAGCCUCCACAUUCAAUGAUAUACCAACCCCUCUCAGCAAGGCGUUCGAAGGUCAAGGCAAGAAAGUAGAUAUCAGGGCCGUGGUACUCGACAAAGAUGAUUGCUUCGCCUAUCCUAAUUCCAAUGAGAUAUAUCCUGCUUAUUUGGAAAGAUUCCGGAAACUUCAAGAAGAAUACCCUGGUCGUCGUCUUCUCAUAGUUUCCAAUACGGCCGGUGCGACCACUUAUGACCAUGACGGACGCCUAGCAAAGGAGCUCGAGACGGCUACUGGAGUUUCUGUACUAGCUCAUAAAGUGAAAAAACCUGGCUGCAGCGACGAAAUAGUAGCUCACUUCAAAGCCUACCCCGAGGCUGGCGUAACACAUCCGAGCCAAAUUGCUGUCGUUGGAGAUCGUCUAAUGACUGACAUUAUGUUGGCCAAUAUGAUGGGCAGUUGGGGUCUAUGGAUUAAGGAUGGCGUCAAACCAUUAGAAAAGAAGAGCAUAUUCUCUAAAUUUGAGCAGCGUCUCAGCCCGUUCUUGGUAGCACGUGGUUGCCGUGCCUCUUAUCCUCAAUCCCCAUUCGAGUAAUCUCUCCAUCUAUUAAGUCAACUAUCAGCUUAGAUGGACACAGCCGUAGGACUAACAGCGGCUUUCCCCCCUAUAUUAGGUGAUUAUUUAGGUAAUUAUAACCCCGUAGGUUUAUAGAAAAGGAACAUAUCCUUCUAAAUAGCAACUAGGGAUAUUAAGAUCCUUGGCUAAGCCUUUCUACAAUUUAAAAUAUUAAGGUGUAGAUAAUGUGUUGGUAGAAGAUGUUCUAUAUGUAAUACCUGUUUUUAUUUUUACAUGCCUUGUCAAUUCAAUCUAAAGUAUAUUAAGCAAC